CAGAAGGAGCAACGUUUGUCGCCAGCUUCAAGUGGAAAGUGGCAAAAAUUAAGUUACCUGCUAUUUUACAAAACAAUUUGGCAAACCUCAGUUAUUUCCAGAUUGUGCUUUGACUUUCUUAUAAGGUGUGGCAGGGUAAAUACAUGGGACAUUAGAAUAUGUAACCUACAUGUUGUUGAUGUUGAUUCACUCAUUCAAUAAUAAGCAACAACACUCAAAGAGUAAUUAAAACAAAAAAUGUACGUGUGCGCUGGCACUGGUCUGUGGCUCCGCCUUGACAUAGGCAGUGGUGUUAUAAAUCUGCCAAUGUGAUACUUCUGCCACUGAUUCAUCUUCAACCAACUGGAGAGCUUUGAGAAAGUGAUGGAGAUGACCGCUAACCCUUCGUAUCACGUCAAUAAAACAGAUGGGUCUGGAAGUAAUGGCUCUACGUUCGUGGACCAGUAUGCUGAGCUGGGAAAGUCUCUCCACAUCAUGUCUCUCAUUGUUUACUGCCUGGCCUUUGUUCUUGGUGUGCUCGGUAAUGGAGUGGUUAUCUGGGUGACCGGGUUUAAGAUGAAGAAAACUGUGAAUACAGUUUGGUUCCUCAACCUCGCUGUGGCUGACUUCCUCUUCACAGCAUUUUUGCCCAUGAGUGUGACGUACUUGGCUACAGGCUUCCACUGGCCUUUCGGUAAGUUCAUGUGCAAACUGAACAGCACUUUGAACUUCCUGAACAUGUUUGCCAGUGUCUACAUUCUAAUGGUGAUCAGUGUGGACAGAUGUGUGUCUGUGGUGUGGCCCGUCUGGACCCAGAACCACCGAAAUGUACGCAAGGCCUCCUUAGUGAGUCUGGGUGUUUGGGUUCUGGCUCUGAUUCUCAGCGCUCCAUACUUCAUCUUCAGGGACACUGGGUCAUCAGAUCUCCAUAAAGACAUCAUCAACUGCUACAACAACUUUGCUUUUUCUGAUGACUUUGAAACACCGUCCGUACAAGAGCUGCGACAGUUUCGUCAUCAGGCCAUGACUAUCACCCGCUUCCUCCUGGGAUUUGUUGUUCCCUUCACUGUCAUUGUCUCCUGUUAUGCUGUAAUAAUCCAUCGUAUCAGAAGAAACCGUACCCUGGCCAGCCAGUCAAGUCGCCCCUUUAAGAUCAUCGCUGCAGUUAUCACCACUUUCUUUCUGUGCUGGGCUCCUUAUCACAUCAUGGCUCUAAUUGAGUUAGUGAGUGUCUUACUUUCUUAUCCAAGUGAAACAUUAGAAUAUGUCACCACUAUCGGAAUCCCUAUAGCAACCAGCUUGGCCUUCAUCAACAGUUGCCUGAACCCACUGCUGUAUGUGUUCAUUGGCCAAGAUUUCAAGGAUAAAGUCCGCAAAUCCAUUCUGAAAGUAUUGGAGACUGCCUUCCAGGAAGAAGUUACUGGUUCUCACACUGACACAAAGUCAAUGGAUACCAGUCGGAGCGCUGGGAAGUUAGUUAGUACUGAAGUAUAAGGCUUUCGAUGACAAGAAGAAAGCAAAUACUGAAACUGUAAAUACCCAUAUCAUUUUAAUAUAAGGUGGAGGCUGAGGGGGGGGGGGGGGGGGGGGGGGGGGCGGCUUGACCAACUGUCACUUUCCUCGUUUGAAAGCCAUGAUAUCUCUCUCUGGGAGAACGCAUAUCAAGGGUAAAAAAUCUCAUUCCAACUUUCAUUCUGAUUCUGAUAAUUCCAUUUAAGACGAGGCUCUAAUACAAGGCUAUAGAGAGAAUGAGGGAGAGCCUGCAGAGUUUCAAGCAACAAAUGAGACAGGCCCCUCCAAAUUACUGUGCACAUCCCUGCAUAAGGGGAUUGUAAAAUGCCAUUUCCUGAACAAAAGAACCCAGCAGUUGUU